CCUCCUCCUCUCCUCCCCCUCCUCCGCCGCGGUCGCCUCAUCGGCCCCUCCGCCGCCGCCACCGCCGCCGCUGCCGCCGCCGCCGCCGCCAUGGACGCCGUUGCCGACUGGGGGCUCGCGCCGCUCAGCUCCGUCGACCCCGAGGUCCACGACCUCAUCGAGCGCGAGAAGCGGCGGCAGAGCCACGGGAUCGAGCUCAUCGCCUCCGAGAACUUCACCUCCUUCGCCGUGAUCGAGGCCCUCGGGAGCGCACUCACCAACAAGUACUCCGAGGGCAUGCCCGGGAACCGCUACUACGGCGGCAACGAGUUCAUCGACCAGAUCGAGGAGCUCUGCCGCGCCCGCGCGCUCGAAGCGUUCCGCCUCGACCCCGCGCUCUGGGGCGUCAACGUCCAACCCUACUCCGGGAGCCCCGCCAACUUCGCCGCGUACACCGCGCUCCUCAACCCCCACGAUCGCAUCAUGGGGCUCGAUCUCCCCUCGGGGGGCCACCUCACCCACGGCUACUACACCGCCGGGGGGAAGAAGAUCUCGGCCACCUCCAUCUACUUCGAGAGCUUGCCCUAUAAGGUGAGCGCCGCGACGGGUUACAUCGACUACGACAAGCUCGAGGAGAAGGCGCUCGAUUUCCGCCCCAAGCUCAUCAUCUGCGGCGGGAGCGCGUACCCGAGGGACUGGGACUACGCCAGGUUCAGAUCCAUCGCCGACAAGUGCGGCGCCAUGCUCCUCUGCGACAUGGCGCACAUCAGCGGCCUCGUCGCCGCUCAGGAAGCUGCAAAUCCUUUCGAGUACUGCGAUGUGGUAACGACCACGACCCACAAGAGUCUUCGUGGACCGAGGUCCGGCAUGAUCUUCUACAGAAAGGGCCCCAAGCCUCCCAAGAAGGGCCAGCCCGAGGAUGCUGUGUACGACUACGAAGAUAAGAUCAACUUCACAGUCUUCCCAUCGCUCCAAGGUGGCCCUCACAAUCACCAGAUUGCCGCCCUCGCCGUGGCCCUGAAACAGGCCACGACCCCUGGUUUCAAGGCCUAUGCUAAGCAGGUGAAGGCCAAUGCUGUUGCCCUAGGAAACUAUCUGAUGAACAAGGGGUACAAAUUGGUCACUGGUGGGACUGAGAACCACCUUGUGCUCUGGGAUCUCCGGCCCCUCGGCUUGACUGGGAAUAAGGUUGAGAAGCUUUGCGAUCUGUGCAAUAUCACAGUGAACAAGAAUGCUGUCUUUGGGGACAGCAGCGCGUUGGCUCCUGGUGGAGUUCGGAUUGGCGCUCCGGCGAUGACAUCUCGGGGAUUGGUGGAGAAGGACUUUGAGCAGAUCGCGGAGUUCCUGCACCAGGCGGUGACGUUAUGCCUGAGCAUCCAGAAGGAGCACGGGAAGCUCCUCAAGGACUUCAACAAGGGCCUCGCAAACAACAAGCAGAUCGAGGACCUCAAGGCCGCGGUCGAGAAGUUCUCGGCCUCCUUCGACAUGCCCGGGUUCCAAAUGUCCGAGAUGAAGUACAAGGAUUAGACAAAGACGAAAAAAAGGGAAAAAAAAAAAAUGCCCCUUUGGUUUUGGUUGUUUCUUUUAGGUCUCUCCUUCUGUGUUCUUCCGAUUCGUAUCUCAAAAUCUAUCCUUUUUUUUCGAGCUUCUUUAAGAUUAUUCUAUCGAUAAGAUAACAAACGCUGCAUCAUCAAAUGAGAUGUAAUCCGAUGCCAUAGUUGUUUUCCUGGGCAAUAAAGUCGAGUGAUGGUGUUUGAUACUUCA